AUGAACCCCACCAAUGCCUCUCAGCAUUCCUCCCGCACCCAUCUCACCCCCGAAGCCUCGCUCCGCCCGCGCAACAAGCGCCUGGUCUCCGGCGUCGACGACGACCUCGACCGCGACUCCAAUGCCGCCGCCAGCCUAGAUGCCAGCCGCGCCGCCUCGCCCUCCGCCUCGCCCUUUGCCUCGAGGACUGCCUCGCCCAUCCCCGGCCCCGGCCCCUCGCGCUCCGCCUCCUCGCAGGCCGUGAACCGCUCGAGGGAGUCGACCGUCAGCAAGAGCGCCGUGAGCCGUGGCCAGCCCGGCAACGCCCAGGAUCCGCUGGCCCAGCUCUCCGGCCUGUGGGGCAGCUCGUGGACUACGUUGCAGGGGCUCGCUUCCAAUGUGCUUGGCAGCGACCCCAGCGGAGACGUGCCCCGGAAGCGCAGGCCCUUCGAAGCUACCCAUGGCCGCAAGGCGACGGCCAGCGCUCCUCCUGCGCAAUGGGGCCCCGCCACACGGGACACACAGAUUGGGACGGGCACGAAGGAGGAGCGGGAGGCCAUGGUCAGGGCGAUGAAGCGGAAGGACCUGCUCAUGGCGGAUGGUCAUUUGAACCUGGAUGCUACGGGGAAGUUCAAGCGGAGGAAUUCCGAUGAGCGCGUCUCGUCGUCAGCCCCGCCCACGGAGCACAUUGACCGCGAGGCGCUGGUGUACAUCCACCGAGUGAGACCUGAGGAUACGCUUGCCGGCAUCACCAUCAAGUACAACUGCCAAGCUGCUCCUCUACGCAAGGCGAACAGGAUGUGGGCCCAGGACAGUGUGCAGACACGCCGUCAUCUGAUCAUCCCCGCCGAUGCCUGUGGCGUGAAAGGCCGCCCUGUGCCACCGCCGGAAGAGCAGAAACCGAAGCAGCCCAACGUAGAAGAUGACUUGCUAUUGCCCACCCCGGGCGCCGAGUAUCCUCCCAUCCACAGCACCAGUCUCCCUACGAAUGGCUGGAACGGCCCUGCGUCUGUUUCGACCUCGAACCUCUCCAAAUCCGUAACCGCAUCGGAAGCAUCCACCAACGCCGACAACGAGCCGCCAUGGAAACACGAGGGCUGGGUCAUGCUACCACACAGCAAAGACCCAAUCGAGAUUGCCCGCCUACCACGCAGAGACCUCGGCUUUUUCCCGCCUGCUCGCCGGAAAAGUUUGACUUUCUCUGACAAUGACUCCGCCGUCCGAACGCCGUCCGCGUCGCUCGAGCUGAACCGCUCAGAUACCAUAACCUCGGCGUCAUCAAUGACUUCGCAUGGCACAGCCAAAUCGCCCCGCCAAAGCAGCAGUAGUAACGUACCUAACCGUCACCGCCCACGCGCCCCUAGUGUUACGCAAAGUUUCAAGCUCGACGGACCUGGAGGCGUUGGCACCUUCAACAGGAACGUCCGCAAACCGGGUCCCGCGCAGGAUGGCUUGAAUAAGAUAUUUGGCCAGCACCUGCCAAACCUCGCCCCGCCGCCAGGCAAGGAUUAUUUCGGAACGUGGAACCCAGCAGCGUUGGCAGAGGCCAAAGCGAACGGGAACUCCAUGGGCCCAUCGGGUACUGCGACCCCCGUCGGAGUUGGCGGUGUUGGUGGCAGCUCCAGUGGAUUCGAUCUCGCUCAGGUCGGCGGCGCUAUCGAGGGCUGGAUGCGCAAGGUAGCAACACAAGCGUCGACGCUCGUGCCGCCGGCGCAGCUGACGCCUAGCAAGACCAGCGUAACCCCCGCUGACAGGCAGCGUGCAGCGGGUGCUGGAUUGGGCGCCGCGGGCAUGAGCGGCGAUAUCAACGACUUGAUCGAGCUGACAGACGCGUUCGAGGUCGGCGAGGAUGAGGAAGAAGCCAACCGCGGACGCAGCGGCACCGGAAGUGGAAGAGGCGGACCGGCAGACGGUGUCAGAAGGCGGGAGGCACGCAGUGGCACACCAAGUAAGGGCGGAAAAGGCGAUUGA